AUGAGUUGUGACGCAGUUUCGUGUUCAACGUACAAUGCAAAUCAACUAGACGAUUGUUGUCAAACAUGCGGAGCAUCCCAACUAGUCUCAGAAAUACCAACAGGACCCGUAUCCGAUAUACCAACACAACCCGUAUCAGAAUUACCAACAGGACCCGUAUCAGAUAUACCAACACCACCAGUAUCCGAUAUACCAACACAACCCGUAUCAGAAUUACCAACAGGACCCGUAUCCGAUAUACCAACACAACCCGUCUCAGAAUUACCAACAGGACCCGUAUCAGAUAUACCAACACCACCAGUAUCCGAUAUACCAACACAACCCGUAUCAGAAUUACCAACAGGACCCGUAUCAGAUAUACCAACACAACCCGUAUCAGAUAUACCAACACCACCAGUAUCAGAAAUACCAACUGGACCCGUAUCAGAAAUACCAACACAACCCGUAUCAGAAAUACCAACACCAGUAUCAGAAAUACCAACACCACCAGUAUCAGAAAUACCAACACCACCAGUAUCAGAAAUACCUCCUACGACGGCAUUUGUGUGUGGGAAUUGGUGUAGGUGGUGCAGACGAAGACGGUGGAGAUUGCGUCGUCCAUAUUGCGCUAAAUACCAAUGA